GCCUUGUCCAUGUAAGAUAUGGAGUCUAUCAACUCUGUACAGUAGAAUAUUCAUCAAUUGGACCUCGGCAGAACAGGGAAAACAGCAACUUCCAAGUAUCCUAAAGCACAUAUGGAUAUCAAAGCAUCCCAUGCCAUCUCCCUCAUCCCACCACCCCCAAAAGACACCAGAAUAGUAGUGCCAACCGCCCAACGUGGCACAAGCACACCGAUAGAUGGAUCAAAACGUUUUCUUGGCCGUCCUUCCCACCCCCCCGGCCGCCGCGUUUCUUGGCCCCCAAUUCCGAAUCACAAAACCCUCGCUCGUCCCGCCCCUUCAAACAAAGACGCCACAGCGCACUGGCAAAUGCUGUCAACCCAUCUUUCACUUGAACCUUUUUUUCGAGCCGCUGCCAUGUGCCAGGGCUUUUGCUUCCCGCGCUGCCCAAUUGCAGGCCGUGCCGACGCUCGCAUGCGACGGCUAAAGCCUCACCCACGUUUUUCUCUUUUUUUUCUCUUCUUCUUUUUCCCUUUUCUUCAUUGGUAUAUAUUCCCAUUUCGUAUAAGACAAAUUCGCUCACUCGGCGGACUUUACUGUACAUACAUCCAUACCUAGCAGCAUCUUGCAUCUGCAGGCUGUCUACUAGACCUAGUACGAGUUACUACUUCUGCU